AUGAAUAUCUCGCAUAACAACAAUAUACAAGACAAAUUAAGAAACAAUGUAGAUAGCAAAUACACAAAAGAGGUAGAUGAAAAUGAAGGUAAUUUCUUCUCAAAAUUUGCGACGCUGGCUAAUCCAUGGUGGACUGGCCAGAUUGGCCUAGCAGGGCUAGACCCUGCAUCGAAUUCUCAUGCUUUAAACAAAGUCAACCGCGAAAUCUCCGUUCAUGAAACCACCAACCGGAGUGGCAGCGGAGGGAACGAUGAAGAAGAAGAUAGAGACGGCGGCGACGAGCCUAAAGAGGGUGCUGUUGAAGUCGGUACUCGAAGGCCUCGAGGCCGGCCUCCCGGAUCAAAAAAUAAACAGAAACCGCCAAUUUUCAUCACUAGAGACAGCCCUAAUACUCUUCGAAGCCAUGUAAUGGAAGUGGUAAGUGGAGCUGAUGUAGCGGAGGCUGUCGCACAAUUUGCUCGGCGGCGUCAAAGAGGUGUUUGUGUUCUUAGUGGCAGUGGCUCAGUAGCAAACGUAACCCUAAGACAGCCUGCAGCACCAGGUUCUGUAGUAGCACUUCAUGGUAGGUUCGAAAUUUUGUCUUUAACUGGAGCCUUUUUGCCUGGACCAGCUCCACCUGGCUCCACCGGUCUGACGGUGUACUUAGCCGGUGGUCAAGGCCAAGUUGUCGGAGGAAGUGUAGUGGGUUCACUAAUAGCAGCAGGGCCAGUUAUGGUCAUUGCAGCAACGUUCGCUAAUGCAACUUAUGAAAGGUUACCAUUAGAAGAUGAUGAAGAACCUGCACAAGGACCGAUCCACGGCGGGUCUAAUAACUCACCGCCGCCUAUCGGAAGCAGCGGACAGCAAUCCGGGCUGCCUGACCCCUCCGGUAUGCCCAUAUACAACCUGCCACCAAAUUUGAUGAAUGGAGGUCAGUUAGGGCAUGAUGCAUAUGCUUGGGCUCAUGGAAAAACUCCUUAUUUGUAGUGAUCAUUUCUGAUGAUGCUUCAAUUGUGUUUGUACUAAAAAUGGUAGGGUUUAAUUGAAAUGGUGACUAGACAAAAACACAGUAGAUGAUAGAGUUUGUGAAAGAUGAGAAAUCAUGGGUGUGAAUGUAUAUUUUAAACUUUGAUUUGUACCUUUUCUUGUUCUCAAUAAAAUAAAGGAUGGUAUUAAUUUUGUUUCUUAA